AUGGUGGGCAACAUAGAGGUGACAUCAAUUGAGUUGAUCAAGCCAUCAUCUCCAACACCCCGCGCCAGUAGAGACCAUAAACUAUCUUUCCUCGAUCAACUUUCACCUUCUACUCUAAUUCCUGUUUUAUUCUAUCAAAACUCCUCCCCAUGCUUCGAUCAAGCCGAAAUAUCGCAGCAUCUAAAACAUUCUUUAUCAGAGAUCUUGACAAAAUUCUACCCUUUAGCAGGAAAGAUCAAUGGAAAUCUUUCUGUUGAUUGUGAUGACUUAGGAGCUUUAUUUAUAGAAGCUCGAGUUCGUGCUCAUCUCUCACAGGCAAUCCAAACAACAGAGGAUCCAAACCAAUUUCUCCCCUUAGAGCCUUAUGAAGCUUUGGGCAAAAAUGACUUGCCAUUAGCUAUCAAAAUCAGCUUCUUUGAAUGCGGAGGAAUAGCUAUUGGGGUAUGCAUGUCACAAAAGAUAGCUGACGUAUUGUCCUGUGCGACAUUCAUGAAUGCUUGGGCUGCCACAUGCCGUGCCAAAGGUGAUGAAAUUGUGCAACCUGAUUUUAAAUUAGGAUGCCGUCUUUUUCCUCCAGCAAACUCUCCAAUAUCUAGUAUCGAUUUUGUAUCAGGGGAAAAGAAAGAAACUCUUCUGACCAAAAGGUUUGUGUUCGACAAGAAAAAGUUGGCAGCACUCAAGAAAUUUGCCUCCUCAGUCACCUCUGCAAGUUCGGUGAAGGAUCCUACUCUGGUUGAAGCCGUUACGGCUUUUAUAUUGAAGCAUUUCAUCCUCCUUACCCAGGCCAAGGAAAAUCGUAAAACAAAUUUUCUUGCAUUCCAAGCCGUGAACUUGAGAUCUAGAAUGAACUUGCCCUCUGACCGGCUUGCAUUUGGCAACUUCCCAAUUGCUACUCCUGCUUUAAUGGCAGUUUCUGAUACAGAUGAUAAUGAUAAAGAAUAUUGUGAUGAUCUAGUUGGGCACCUGAGGAAUGCAACUAGAAUAAUCAACAAUGAUUAUAUAAAGAUUCUUCAAAGUGGAGUGCCUUUUUUAGAUAUCUUAAAAGCUGCAGGGGAACAGCUUGGUAAGGAGCCAAUGGCAUAUUGUUUUUUCACCAAUUUGUGCAGUUUUCCGGUAUAUGGAGUGGACUAUGGUUUUGGCAAACCUAUUUCAGUGAGGAUUAAAGCUCCCCCUAUCAAGAAUAGUGUAAUCUUGAUGAGUACAAAUUCUGGUGAUGGGAUCGAAGCAUGGAUUACCAUGGUGGAGGAUGAAAUGGCUAUGCUCCCGGACGAGCUUCUUUCACUAGCAACUAUUGAUGUUUCUUCAUUUCAAGCCAAACUCCGAUCAAUUUUCUCCAUGUCAUGA